CUUGCCCUGGCUUUCCGCUCCGGCGCGGCGCCGGUCCCCUGCACGUUGGGUCCGGCCCCCUGGCGGUCAGCUCCGGGUCGUCCUGCGCUCGUGCAUUCCCCGCUCUCCACCAUGCCCGGGGGCGUGCCCUGGUCCGCCUACUUGAAAAUGCUGUCCUCCAGCCUCCUGGCCAUGUGCGUCGGGGCCCAGAUGGUGCACUGGUACUACCAGCCUGACCUGACAAUACCUGAAAUUCCACCAAAGCCUGGAGAACUCAAAACGGAGCUUUUGGGACUGAAAGAGAGACACCACAAACCUCAAGUUUCACAGCAGUAGAAACUUCAAAAUACAACUCUGCCAAGAAUUCUGUGAAUAAUAUUUUACAUAUAUAUUUUUACAUAUAUUGGGUAAAACGACUUCUUAAAACGUCUAAUCCAAAGACAAAUGCUGGUUGGUAGGAGCUGAUAAAGUUGACUUGUAUUAUGAUUCGGUUAGAAUUUUUUAAAGUCUCACUAUGCAUCCUUGGCUUACCGGGAGCUCACUGUGGAGAUCAGACUGGCCUCUGUAACGGGGUCUUGCUGUGUAGGCCAGGCUCACCUCAAACUCAAGACAGCCCUGCUCCGCCUCCCAAAUGGUGGAGUCACAGGUAUAAACGACCACACACUUGGUCCAGUGCCUCUUAAGCGCCGCUUCAGCUUCUUGCAUUUGACUGGGAAGAUGUUUCUCUUCAGUAUCACACGAGACUGAGUAUUUGCAAUGUCUCCUGCCAUUAUGAUACUUACUUCUCUGAAAGAGCUUGAUUUUAAUGUUGUUAUAAAUUACAUACAAUAAGUCAGUGAUAAUGCUUAGAGUCUAAACAUUGAGAAGUAAUAUUUGCACCAAACUGUAUAAAAUAUUUCAAGUUUGAAGUUCUUUUGGAAUUGUGUGCCUAAUGGAAUUGCAGCAUUAGCAACUUAGCUUGUCAAGGUGCUUUCAUCCCCCAAAUUCGAGAAAGCAAAUUAAAAUGGGCAUUUCUUCGUAAAAAUGGCAUAAAAACUUAAAUGAAUAUGCUGAGUUGAAAUGCGUCCCUAAAAAAUGUUGACCUCAACCCUCAGUACCUGCGACUGUAGGACGGGCCACAGGGUGGGCCUGGUGCACGGGACCAGUCUUAAUGCCACAAGAGGAAAGGCAGGGAGGGCAUUGUGUGGAGGUGGACUGGAGUGUCGGAACCGCAAGCCAGGAACACAAGUACUUUAGGAAAGGAUUCCGCAGUCACAGAACAAGGCCCUGCUCACCCUGGACUCCACUUUGGUCCCUCAGAGAACUGUGACAGCACAUCUCUUGCCACCUAGUUUCCUACAUCAGCUGCAGGAAGUGAACUUGUUUCAAGAUUUUGCCCCUUCUGUAAAUGUAGAAUAAAAAGUAAUUUAUACAA